AUGGUUGGCGUUAAAGCCCCAGCAACUGUCCUAGUAACAGGAGCUUCUGGGUUUAUUGCAGUUUGGGUCGUUAAAUCGUUGCUCGAACGAGGUUUCUCUGUUCUCGGAACCGUUCGAUCCGCUCCCAAAGGGGAAUAUGUCAAGAACCUUUUCGAGAAAGACUUCUCUGGGAAAUUUUCAUAUGUUGUUGUAGAGGACGUCGCUCAAGAAGGUGCUUUUGAUGAAACGGUGAAGAAUGUGGAUGCGGUGGCACAUACUGCUUCACCUUUCCAUAUGAAAGGGACGCAUCCGGACGACUAUUUCGUUCCUGCGAUCAAAGGAACGACUGGAAUCUUAGAAAGUAUUCUCAAAUACGGCACAAAUGUAAAGCGGGUCGUAGUUACGUCAUCGAAUGCAGCAUGUUACAAUCUCGAAGGCGAUGGACUGGAACGAAUACGACCUCAGGUUGUCGCCGAGCAAGGGAGAGAUGCGCCUCCAGCCUCAAUGUAUCGUGCAAGCAAAACGUUCGCAGAACGGGCCGCAUGGGACUUUGUUGAAAAGCGCAAGGGAGAAAUCAAGUUUGACUUGGUAACGAUUCUACCUCCAUGGGUUUAUGGGCCAAUUCUUCACGAUUGCCCGAAUCCGGAACAAUUGAACACCUCAGCCGCUUACUUCCGCAGGAUCGCUCUAGACCCGAGUGCCACGCAUGAUAGGGAAACCCUCCUCAAACCCACCAAUAACUGGGUAGAUGUGCGGAAUGUCGCGGAUGCCCAUGCCGAAGCGGUCGUUCGUGACAACGCAGGUGGAGAACGAUACCUCAUCAGCAAUGGAGCUUAUAUCUGGCAAGAGUUCCUGGACGCUUUGGCACAGACAGAGCUGAAGGACAAAGUAAACAAGGGUUUGCCAGGGGAACUUAGCACCACUCCCAAUCCUAAAUAUUCCAGUGGCGCAAAGGCAGCGAAGGAACUCGGCAUCGUAUACAUUGACAAGAAGACGAGCGCUCUCGAUACUGCUCAGAGUCUCUUGGAGCGAUUCCCGUGA